GUAACGAAUAUAUAUUGCGAAACCUGCAGUAUUAAAUACCAGUGAAUGUAAACAAUUCAGAGAGCAAACUAAACUGAAGCAGAGGCUGAUUUCAAGAUGAUGUUUGCUUGUAUCGGUUUAAUCUUUGUAUUUGCUGCUCAAAAUGCUUAUGGGGCAAAUGUUGCCCAAGGAGCUACAGCUACCCAGAGUUCCACGUGGCGUGGGAUAUACACAGCAGACCGAGCCGUGGACGGGAACACUGGAAAGACUUUCUUUCAAGACACGUGUACACAUACCGCCUGCAACGACCCGAAUCCUUACUGGACGGUGAAUCUUGGACGAACUCACAACAUCAACUCUCUUACUAUCCACAACCCAGACCAAGCACGAGGUCGCCUGCACGACGUCAAGAUUGAAGUAUUCGCAACGGACCCCGCUACCGGAGGCGGAGCUGGUGCACAGCUGUGUGCGACUAUAGGUUCCACGCCCGUUACUUCUGCAACCUCCACAACCUUGACCUGUACGAUGGGUACCAAAGGCCAAUACAUCAGAAUCAGCAAGUCUAACUUGAAACCAACACAACUUAACUUCUUUUGUGAUGCACUGCUUCUCUGCGAAGUCGAGGUGGAUGCAACUCCGGCUGUUGACUGUCCUAUGGGUUUUGAACGCAAUCAAGAUUCCUGCUAUUACUUCGCUGAUGAAUACGCUGAAUCCUGGUUUAAUGCACGGGAUGCCUGUCAAACCAUGGGAGCCGACCUAGCUGUUAUUGAGAGUCAAGAUGAAAAUAAUUUCAUAAAGGGAAGACUUGCUACCAUUGCUGGUAAUAAUACACGGAGCUUUUAUGCGGGACUACACAAGCUGAACGACAAAACGACGUGGAGGUGGAUUGAUCCUGAGGCUGUGACGGGUGUCCCAUCAGGACCUCCUAACAAUGCGAGUGCUUUCUCAGACUGGAGAAUAGGGCAGGGUACUGAACCCCGCAAUCACUGUAUGCUGUUUAACCGACCAAACACUACCGCACCUUUUGAAUGGUAUCAUAAAAAAUGUUAUUAUAGCCGCUAUUAUAUUUGUGAGGUUAGCCCGACCUUUCCAACAUCGCCCUGUGGCAAAUGUGCCAAGUAGAUUUCGGCUACAGAAGACCUUGCAUUGGCUUGGCGUACAUAAAUAAACUAUGAUUAAGAAAUAAACUAAAUUUGCAU